CAGCCAGCCACUGCCUCCAUUCCUCCCGGCUGCAUCUCCCUCCCGGCUAGCCUGCAGUUCGGGCUACGGAUCGGAUCUCCGGCGAACCUAGGUCUGCAUAACCGAGCGGGUUUUCUUAUUUUCUUUCGAAGAUGAAGGGAUCAAAAGUGACACAGUCAAGGAAAUCCCGCUCAUGGUGGUGGGAUAGCCACAUCAGUCCAGAAAACUCCAAGUGGCUCUCUGAGAACUUACAAGAGAUGGAGACGCAAGUGGCAGAGAUGCUGGGACUUGUUGAGGAGGAAGGUGAAUCGCCUGCAGAAAAGGCUGAGGUGUAUUACCAAGAACGGCCCGUGCUUGUUGCCCAUAUCAAGAAUUUCUGCCGCAUGUAUCGUGCCCUUGCUGAGCGGUAUGACAAUGUAACUGGAGAAUUGCGCAAAAAUAUCCCAUCAUCGCUGCAGUCACAUGGCUCUGGUGGUAUCUCUGAAUCAGAUUCUGAGACACGGUCUCCCUCUCCAUCCGCAGAGCCUGACGUGGAAGACAAGAAGGGGAGUGAUGGGUCGUCUUCAUCUUCAGAAUCUGAGUCAGAGCUUGAUGAUGCCAAAGAAGAAAAUGGCAACAGCAUGUUUUAUGCCUUGAGCCAAAGAAUUAUUGAGCUUGAAGAUGAGCUUCAUGAAGCAAGAGGAAAACUUGACGCCUUAGAGGAAAAGAACAUGCAUUCCCAAAAUUUUGGUGCUAGCUCAGAAGGGUCUGAACAUGACGAAAAACUGCAGGUUUCAAAUGUGGAAAUCGAAAAUUGUCUUGAGAAGGAUCUUGAAGAAAACAACAGUGAGAAGGAAGCAUUGGAAGCUGUGCUGUUGUUGAAAAACGAGACUGAUGGGCUGAAGGAAGCAAUGGCUUCAGCAGCUAAGCAGUUUGAAAUUGAAUUGGCGCAUCGUGAUCUUGAAGUUGACAAGUGCAAGGAGGAGCUUAGAGAACUUUCAGCAAAGUAUCUGCAUGAUAAAUCUGCUCUUGAGGCUGAGACUGGAAGGCUCCAGGCAGUAAUCACAAAUUACGAAGGUGAGCUAGCAAGAUUGUCACAGGAGAAGUUGCAGCUGGGGUGUCGCAUUGAAGAGCUUGAACAGGCAGCAUGCAGCUUAGAUUAUUCAGCUUCCGAGAUGGUGAAGCUGCAAGAAGUAAUAAAGAAUACAAAAGCAGAAUUAGAAGAAGUUUCACUGGAGAAAGCAGAAACCAUCAUGAACCUGGAAGCGGAGCUAGAAAUAGCCUUACAAGAGAAAUCAGUACUUCAGGACCGUAUCAAGGAGCUGGAGAAGGUGGUGUGUGAGUCUUUGGACAAACAUUCGCUUGAGAAGUCUGCUCUUAGUGCUGAAGUUUUAACACUAUCAGAGGCCAAUACCUCUCUCGAAAGCAAGCUUGCAUCCAUGGAAGAAGAGCUUAGGCAAGCUUAUGCUGACAAGGCACAAGAAUCCAUGAACAGCGAGAAGCAAAUCUGUGGGCUGAAUCAAGACCUUGCCAACCUUACAAGCAAGAUCGAAGUGAUGUUAUCCGAGAAAGCCACAGUUGAUAACAAGCUGGCCACUCUAUUAACUGACAUCACGUCACGUGAUGAUAAGAUGAAACAGAUGACGGCAGAUGCCGCUGUUGUGCACAAAUCCCUGUCGGAGCUGCGUGCCCGGGUUUCUGAGCUUGAGGAACUGGUGGAGAAGCAAAAGCUUGCCAUCUCUGAGAGUGCCGAGGGGAAGCGCGAGGCAAUCAGGCAGCUGUGCUUCUCUCUUGAUCACUACCGCAGCGGGUAUCAGCAGCUCCGCCAGAUGCUGCAGCAGGGGCACAGGAGACCAUUGGCGCUGAUGGCAGCCUGAUCAAGUGCAUCCUUCUUGGAUUCCCAAGAUCCUUCUGUGCUAUGAAUUGGAUUCUGUAGCUUCUUCAGUUCAGAAGAACUCUGUGAUGUCCUUGUGCAACUGUACUGUAAUGCAAGAAUCAUGUCGGUCAUUGUUUGCUCUUUAAAACUUCCUUACACUCUUGUCAGAUAUUCAAGAUGGUGAAUUCUAUGUUUUGGUCUUUGAAACAGUGAUGUUAGUUUGCCAACCUGUGGCAUGUUUGAGUCAGUCUUGUGUCUUCCAAUCUAAGCUGAAUUUGUCAAGUUAA